AUGGGUGAGACACUGGAGGAGAAAAACGUCCAUGAGGUGCUGAAGAGCAUGCUCCCUCCUGGGGCUAUAUUAACGAACGUACCAUCCAACCUUGACUACUCGUUCGCCCUGGAGUACCAGGGUCCCCCCAUGUCCUAUGACCCACCCAGCAUUGAUCCCGUCGAUGUGAGCCUGUCGGAGAUUCAUACUGCGGCAGUGGUGACGGAGUCAUUUUCUGGAGCACAUUCAGCGCCCGUGGUUCAGCCGAUAGCUAUGCCUGUGUCGGGUAUCGCAGGGGUUACCGGUUCCCCCUUCCAGAGCCCCCGUGGCUCUGGGAGCUCCGCGUCCGUCAUGUCGGUGCUGCAGAACCAAGAGUUUUCUUCAGCCUCCCGUUCAGAUUCUGCCGGGUCUGCCCACAGUUCUGUAGAUAGACACUCGACGCAGAUGGAAAAUGACACAAAGAGGAUGCCUGUGGUCACAUUUGAGUCGGUCGGGGAACCAGUGACUGAGGAGCUACGUGAGGAUGAAAUGGCCUCUCCUUGUUAUGUUGGUGUAUCCAAGAAAGACAGAGUGAAACGGGCAUGCUUCAGAUGCGGCAAGAGGAAGUGGGAGGGAAAGGAGACUUGUCUGGUCUGCGGGGCGAGGUAUUGCGCCUCUUGUGUAUUGAGAGCAAUGGGAUCAAUGCCUGAAGGGCGCAAAUGUGUCACUUGCAUCGGACGUCCAAUAGAUGAGUCCAAGCGGUCAAAACUUGGCAAAUCUUCGAGAAUGUUGUCACAUUUACUCAACCCGCUGGAAAUCAGACAGAUAAUGAAAGCUGAGAAGGAGUGCAUGGCAAAUCAGUUACGGCCUGACCAGGUCAUUGUUAAUGGACUUCCUUUGAGGCCAGAAGAGAUGGCUGAUCUGCUCAGUUGCUCAUUACCUCCGAAGAAAUUGAAGCCUGGAAGGUAUUGGUACGACAAAGAUUCUGGUCUUUGGGGAAAGGCAAGUGCAUCCACAUCUUCUUGACUCUUCGUUUCAUGGUUAAAAUUGCGUUUAUGGUCAUUUAUCCCUUCUUUUUGUCUUAACAUAAAUAUUUCAGGAGGGGGAGAAACCAUAUAAAAUCAUCAGUUCAAACUUGAAUUUUUCGGGCAGACUAAGCCCAAAUGCAAGCCAUGGUAAAACUGAAGUUUUUAUUAAUGGCAGGGAGAUCACAAAGACCGAAUUAAGGGUUCUAAAGGUACUUUCAAAAACUGACACCGAAUGAUCAAAAUCUACUCUUGCAGAUAUAUAUUUAUUUUCAACAGCAUAUCAUACGUGUUUUAUAAGGGCCUAUUUCCUUAUCUUCUUUUUAAUUUUAUUUUUUUGCUUGUAAAGGAUAAAUACAGACAGACAGUUUGAACUGAGACCAAACUUCCAUCCUCUCUCUCUCUCUCUCUCUCUCUCUCUCUCUGUGUUGAAACAAAAUAUUUGACUUCUAGUUGAUUCCAUUUCAUAUGCGUAUCUCUUCAUACCCUUCGUAAAUAGUAUACUCUCAUUAGGUGGCUGCUUGGGAUUAGGCCUCUGACUGGAUUCGGUGAGAGAUGUGCAUUUAUGUAAUGACCUCAUUUGCCUUUCGGGUGAAAAAAUGAUUCGAUAAUCUUAAAUGCUGGCCAUAAUUGAAUCUGAUGUAUGACGUCAUCAUUGGUAAUGAAUUGGAUGAUCCAAGGCAUGUCUUCACACCUUAUAGUCUGAAUUUUUUCCAUGGAUCAUCUAUAAAUGCCAAUUGUUUUUCUCAAAUGAAAGUGGUGAAACUUAUUGAGAUAUGCCGUUGAGGUUCCUUUGCCUCAUUUCCUUUCUAUUGUAUAUUUGUUCUGCUGAUAUGACUUCAUCUAGAACGCAAAUUAAAGUUCCUGUUAUCUUUUUACACGCUGUAAACUGAUAAACUCUGUAAUAUUUAGAUUUAAUAACAUUGCAUCUUAUGUUUUCAGUUUGCAAGGGUUCAGUGCCCACGUGAUACCCAUUUUUGGGUUUAUGAUGAUGGCCGGUAUGAGGAAGAGGGUCAGAAUAAUAUCAAGGGGAAAAUCUGGGAAAAGGUAUGGCUGGUAUCUAUUAGUCAUCUGCAGUUAUUUUUAUUUAUUUUUCUUCGACAUUACAUAUAUCGAGAAUAAAUGCAUAAGCCAUCUUCUUUGUUUGUCAGGCUACAACACGGUUGGUUUGUUCCUUGUUGUCGCUACCUGUCCCUCAUCCUAAUGCCCAGAGAACGGAUGAGGUUUAUAACUAUUCUGGAAGGACUGUUCCUGAGUAUUUGGAGCCAAAAAGAAUUCAAAAACUUCUAUUAAUGGGCUCCCAAGGUUCUGGAACAAGCACUAUUUUUAAGCAGGUACAAUGAUAGUUAUCUAUAUGUGCUAUGCCUUUCUUAUAGGUAUGGUAAUUUGUCUAAAGAUAAAUAGAUAGCUGAAAUCAUCAGACAGUUGUGAUAUACCUCUGGGUUACUCCAGAUGUAUUCAAAUAAGAAGUUUGUGAAAAGUUUCUUGAACUUGAUCUUUGCUGGUUACUAUUCCGUCAUUUUGCUAAUUUCAAUUAUUAAAUGGCACAAUGUGGCAUUUUUUUUCAACUUCUUAUAUUGGGACCCAAAUAGCCUAUAACACCUUUGCAUUGAGAAGCUGAUUUAUAGUUUCAUUGCUUCAUAUGAAUGGCAUAUUUGGCUCUGUGCUUACCGUUCUUCCUAUGAACAGGCUAUGUUUUUAUAUGGGAACAAGUUCACAUUCGAAGAGAGACAAAAUAUUAAACUAAUGAUUCAGAGUAACAUCUACAAGUAUCUAAGCAUUUUGCUUGAGGGACGAGAACGCUUUGAGGAAGAAGAUAUUGCUAAGUUGGGUGCACUACGUCAACCUGACCAACACAGUGAAGAAGGUAAGAUUUACAGAUGAACACAAGACUUCCACUCAUCAUGGCACAUCAACUUUAUUCAUUUUGCUCCAUCUACUUUUCUGUUUGCUCAAUGUCUCUGAAUUUUUUUUGUCUUGCCUGAUAUCAAGAAAAUGUUAGAUAUGGAUGUCCUCCUGGAACCCUUCAGUAGACAGGAUUUAAAUACUGUUCAUGGAGGAGGUCUCAUAAAACUUUCAAAUGUAAAUACGCUUCUUUUAGGAGAUAGUUGUCAGCAUUCAACAUCUAAAAAUCAUCAUAUAUGCUGUUUAAUUGUUUCAAAUCAACAAAAAAUUAGCUCAUAAGCCAUUUAUAAAUACAACAUCCCUAGCCCCCAUCUGGCACUCAAUGCAGCGGUCCUUUCUGGAGCCCUAAAAGGUUGUGUGAAUGGUUAUAUUGUGGUCAAAGUGUGGUAUAUUCAGUAAGGCAACAUAAGAAUCUGCCAAUAAAAUGUCCUCUCUUAGAUGAAUUAAUGAGAAUGCGCCUUUUCUGCAUAGCAAUUGUUUAUAUGCUGAUGACGUUACAUUAUUUUCUCACUUUUUUAUAAAAUUCGAGACAAAUUAGGGGAAGGAAAUUCUUACAGGUGAAGAUUUGGCCAUCCAUGCAACAGAUUUGUGAACAAGUAAAGCUUUGUAUGAUCCAUAAAUUGAGAAUUCCUUAUUUUCUUUUUAUUUAGGUGGUGAACAAAUCACUGUAGACGGGGAAAACAGUGCAGCCCCCCGAAGUGUAUACUCUAUCAAUGCAAGGUUAAAACAAUUCUCUGACUUGCUUCUGGACAUAGUAGCCAUGGGGAACUUGGAUGCCUUCUUUCCUGCAGCAACACGUGAGUAUGCUCCUUUGGUUGAUGAAAUAUGGAAAGAUCCAGCCAUACAGGAAACAUACAGAAGGAGAAACGAGCUUCAUUUUCUCCCGGAUGUUGCUGAAUACUUCCUGGGCCGGGUAAGUUUUCUAGGCCACUCCUAGUUACCUGGAGUUCCUUUCCUGCUUCCGAUUUUGGUCUCACGUUCCUUCUGUUGUCUAAGUUUUGUGAGUGGGCAGUUGUUAGUGUUAGUCUUUACAAUUUUCAAGGUCCUACGGCUCUCAAUGAUGAUAUUAAAGAUGUGUGAUGAAGUCUGGAUAGGCGGUUUGUUCUUCUGGGUAUUUAUUCUCAAAUAAUGUUGCUUAUCAUUGCGCGAUGCUUUAGGAAUCAUCCAGGGACGAUCCAGAAAUCUGUCCCCUGAGAUACUGCUCACAAAGUUGAUGUUAAGUAAAACAGAGAGCCACAACCGUGAAGGUUUUUACAGUGCGAUCCAGUUACUGGUCGGCAUAUGUGAGUUUGUAGGCAGACUUGUCGGAAGAGCCGGGGUUGAAAUUCAUCGUUUUAAUAUUUUCCGGAAGUCACUUGGUUCAGGUUUUUCUUCUUGUGGCUCUGAGCUUUGGAUGUACGAAUACUCUUUCAUGAGCAUGUUCUAGUGGAAAUAUAUAUAUAUAUAUAUAUAUCUAAAAUUGUGCCCAUCCCAUGGAUCAUUGCAUGUUGUCGACCUAGACAUGAUUUUGUUCCCAAGAAAACCAUAGUUUUGUUUUCAUCUAGAGGCAUUGAUUGCAUGCAUCUCAUCCGAAGAAAAGGGAAUUGGAGGACCUUCAAAAGGAAGCUUACUAACGGCGAAAACAUCACUGCCCUUUGCUGAGGAUUGGUCAUAGUUAAAGCAUCAUAUCAAGAAGUAGGUGAAUUUCAUGAGAUAGAAUGGAAAGAGAGUGAGACUGAACCAUUGAUUGCUCUUUUGCUAUGAAGACAUUUUAAAAGGUGAUAAUGACCCUCAAAUGCUCGAAUGUUUAGAAACAAAAUUACAUUUCGGUAUCCAUAGUCAUCCCUCUGAUCAUGAACUUCAGCACAGAAUGGCGACAUUCGGUAAAGACUACAUACUAAAAGUCAUACAGAUACAGUAACGUAGAAGGAUACUAGACCAUCACACGUGAAUCCUAUCUAGAAACUGACAGGCUACAUGCUGUUGACUAAGGAUGGUUAGCCACUCCUGAUCUCUGUUGUUGACGACUCUUGAAGCGCAUAGAUGACUGAAGGCCACACCAUUAAUUUCUCGAUGAGUGAUGGAUGGCAUGCCAUAUCUGAUGGCAUGCCACUCGUGUUACCAUAAUUUGCAUCUUAUCUGAUGGAGGCAUACAAAGUUAAUUUUGUAUGUUCUCUUUUUACAUGGGUCCUCAGUUAUGAGUAAAUUUGGUCAGCCUUUAACUACAUUUCUAUUGAAAUCCUCAGCAGCCUCAUUUUUUUCUUGGGGGGGUGGGGGGGGUCAACCCUUCUUCAAUUUUUUGCAGGUGAUUGAGGUCUCGAGCAAUGAGUAUGAACCUUCCGAGAAGGACAUAUUGUAUGCAGAAGGGUUAACACAAGGAAAUGGCCUGGCUUUCAUCGAUUUCUCCCUCGAAGAUCGCAGCCCAAUGUCUGAGCCCUUCAUCAACAACAACCCAGACAUGCCCCCGCAACCUCUCACCAGGUGAGCCUCCUUUCUCCUCUUGAAGUCUCAAUUAAAAAUAGCGUCCGCUCUUGCAUGAUGAAUGAAAUGAAAGUUAUAUUUUCUGGACUUUAUUAAAACCUACUUCAUUAAUGUAUGGGGGCCAUCCAAUCCAGUCCCUGUUGUAAUGUGCUUCUUCUUCUUCUCUCUCUCUCCCUUACUCCAAUUCAUGGAUUUCUUCGACCAGAUACCAGCUGAUCCGGGUGAGCGCAAGGGGAGUAAGUGAGGGCUGCAAGUGGGUGGAGAUGUUCGAGGACGUCCGGGUGGUCAUCUUCUGCGUGUCCCUCAGCGACUACGACCAGUGGGGGAUCGCCGGAAACGGCCACAAUUCUCCCUUGAGGAACAAGAUGAUCCAGAGCAAGGAGCUCUUCGAGAGCACCGUCAGGUACUAUCCAUCUCAUCUCAUCUCAUCUCAUCAAUGAUCAGCCCACUUUAUAUUAUCUAUUGAAAUUACUACUUAUCAGAUUAUUUAAUUUAUGGUACACAAAUAAGUGGAUUCAUUCAUUCUACCGGUUCCAAUCUUGGCUCAAUUUUUUCUCGAUUCCCUGCUCCGAUUAGGCAUCCAAGCUUCCAGGAGACGCCGUUCGUGCUGGUGCUGAACAAGUUUGACGCCUUCGAGGAGAAGAUCCAGCAGGUGCCGCUGUCGGUCUGCGACUGGUUCGGGGAAUUCCGGCCAGUGAGGGCCCAGAAUGGCAGCAGCCAGUCGGCGGCACACCAGGCCUACUACUACGUCGCCAUGCAAUUCAAGGACCUCUAUGCAAGUAUCACGGGCCGGAAGCUCUUUGCGUGGCAGGCCCGGGCCCGUGAGGUGACCACUGUUGACGAGGGCUUCAAGUACAUCCGGGAGGUGCUCAAGUGGGAGGAUGAGAAGGACAUCAACUACGGCCCGGAGGACUCAUUCUACAGCACCGACGUCAGCUCCUCUCCAUUUAUCCGCCAGCAGUGA